UUGGCCCCCCCUGUUUUCCCCUUCCUCAUGCUACAGGAGGCAGAGGGGAUCGUGGAGGCCAUCCAUGGCACCCCGGCCAGGUGCCGGCCAUCCACGACCUUCCCCAUAGUCUACAAGACCCUGGCGCCCCUUCCCCAAAUCCUAAUCCCCUCCCUAGCUGCCCCCAGAUCCAUUUCUCCUCUCCCUCACUCGUCCUCAUCUCCGCAGCGAUCGCAGUCGCAGCCGUUGCCACGGCUUUGUCGUCCUCGCGGCCGUCGUCAUCCCCGCGUUGAGCUGGGACGUCCAGGGGCUUCACCACCAACUCCUCCUUCAUCUACGUUAUUGGGUUGGACCGGGGAGGCCCUGUACGCCCGCCAUCGUCGCCGUCCCCGUCGCGUACAUCUCCGGCCGUCGUCGUCGAUUCCGGCAGCUCCAGUCCACCCCCGGCCUCCUCGACCGCGCCCCCGAGCUCGCUGCCUCGAGACCGCGGUUGAACCAGUGAUUGCCUACUUCACAUUCGAGGGUCCGGUUUUGUCUGCAGAGCAACCAGACGUUGGAGUCCAGGAGCCAGACACCACUGUCGAUGAUGACUACUACUACUCGGGAGGUGUCUACUACUACGUGUCGGCCGCUGACGAUGAUCAGGAGUAGUAUAGGAGGAUCCCAGGCAGGAGGCUUGCGCCUCUUUCGAUCUGUAUCACAGUUUGUGCUAGCCUUCUUAAGGCAAACUUGUUUAACUUAUGUUUGUACUCAGA